AUGGGUGCCGUAUCUGCUGUGUUUCUUGUUCUCAUUACAAUCAUCUUCCCCCCCCUGGGCGCCUUCGCCGUGGCUGGUUGCGGCGCCGAUCUCCUAAUCAAUGUCUGCUUGACAAUUCUGGGUGUGAUUCCCGGCCAUCUCCACGCUUUCUAUCUGGAAUACGUCUACUAUGAUCGUCGCGAGCAGGCCCGCGAGGGUCAUUUCACUGCCGGCCGGGCCCCUGGCAUAUACAGCGAUCGCGUGCAGCAGGGCGGCGGCUACGGCACGAUUGUGCACCAGACGUAG